AUGGCCAAGAGGCUGCUGCUGCUUUUGACCGGACUGGCGCUCCUAUCUGGUGAGUUUGGUACUUAAUUAACCUGCAGGUUGGUCCCACAAGGGAGACACUUCUUGAACUUUGUCUCUAUGGAGCAACUGAAGAUGCUGACAGAACAGGGACUCACUCAGAGCCUGGCAAAUUUAUCUUUGACCAAAAAUCCCACACUGUGGCUAUCAGACACACAGCCCAAUGUAUUGUUGGCUGAGUCUGUGCUAAUACAUGCGACAGGUCAUCAUCACCUGUACUAUAUCCUAAACUUUAAUCAGUCAGAUUUCUGAUUUAGGUGGUUCUCAUUUUCCCCUGUAUUUGGCAAACUCAUGUGAGCCUCUCCCACAGAGGAAUAUUCCUGAUCUUCCUGAGAUACAUUUUUCUUGAUAUAACCAAAUAGGGUUCUUAAAAAGUCCCUCUGAUAAUUUUCUGUCGAUUAUCGAGAGAGAUGAUUAUUUUGGGAAGAAGAUCCAAAAGUCAGAUCAGUAUAGAGUAUUCCAAAAGCUAUCACACCAAGUGAUUAUAGCACAGCAUUGAGGCACUUGCAUUGAGAAACGUCCUUUUGGGGUGCAGGCUAUCACAGGAAAAGCUGGAUAUUCUUAGGGAUGCUUCAUAGCAUGUCAAUAGAUAAAUAAUCAUUUAUUAAACUUUCUCAGAUGCCAUCUCCUUGAUAUAAGCAAAUAGAAUUAUUAAAGGCUUCCUUUAAUUUUCUGUCUGUUGCAAGAUAGGAUAAUAAAGUACACAAAACUCUAAUUGCUGCCACAUCAUAUGAUUAGUGCACAGCAUCGAGAUACUUGCACUUUACGAAUUAUCUGUUCCUUCUGCCUUUCAGGGUUCUGUGGAGCAGAUUACCGUGGGAAGGAAUUUGUAACAUGUUACCUGCAGAACUACUUGGCAAGCCAACACAGUCCUAGGCUUGAGCUGCUUAUCACUGGAUAUCAUCCCGCAACCACCGUCAAAGUCACAGUGAACAAAUCUUCAUUUCAGAAAACGGUUUUAGUCUAUGAGAAACAGACAGUGUCUGUUGUGGUCCCGGCCUCUUCGGAGUUGACGGGGAACAAUAUCUUUGAUGGGGUUGUCAGGAUCCAAGCUGACAAAGAUAUCUUAGUCUUUUCCUACAACUACAAGCUUACGUCAAGUGCUGCCACAGUCGUGUACCCAGUUCAUCAGCUGGGCACACAAUAUUAUGUGGUAACCCCAGAAGGGCAUCUCUCAAACACUUUCAAGGAAUUUGCAGUUGUAGCCUAUCAGUUUCCCACUCAAGUCACUAUUCACCUGAAAGGGGCCGUGACAUUCCAAGGGAAGGUUUAUGCUGCAGGGAGCAGGCUUGUUGUGGACCUCAAAGCCUUCCAAGCAAUUCAGCUGCAAAGCUCAGUUGAUUUGUCUGGCAGCAAGGUUGAAUCAGAUUCGCCCGUGGCUGUUUUGAGUGGGCACAGCUGUGCCAUACAGUUCUCAGAAUGUGACCAUGUCGUUGAGCAGCUCUUGCCUGUUUCCAGCUGGGGCACCACCUUCAUAGUUCCUCCACUGUCUUUUCAACCUAGAAUAGACAUUGUGUAUGUCAUUGCUUCCCAAAAUACUUUGAUCCAAUACCAGUCUGGGGUCAACCAAGGCUCCCGUCGUGCAGUGGCUGGAGAAAUCAUGCGGUUUGAGAAGCAGCCCUCUCAGGUCCUUUCCUUCUCUGCUGAUGUAGGAAUCCAGGUCCUUUUUUUCUACACUGGUACCAAUAAUGGAAAUUGCCAGUACGAUCCAUUCCUCAUCAAUGUUCCAGCCUUAACAAGCUAUUGCACGUCAUAUCACAUUGAUGGGAUUAGGGACUUUGAUAAUUUUGCUGUCAUCAUGGCCAAAACCUCAGUUUCUGGUGGGAUCACAUUGGAGAAAAAAGCCAUUACCAAUGUUGAAUGGGCACCAGUCCCUGGAACAGAACAUUCAUUUGCUCUACUCAGCUUGGGCAAAGAAGCCAGUGCCCUCUCUGUAGAACAUCCCACCACUCCUUUUGGGCUCUUCAUCCUUGGAGGUGCAAAAAGCAAUGGUUAUGGCUCCGUGGCCAUUUGCUCUUGUGGUAAGUAUCCAGAUCUGUGCAUAUGGUUUAAGGGGGGUUUUUUUGCUACAAAUGAGACGUUAGACUAUAUAAUUAUAAUUUGUUACAUCUUAAUGAAUAUCCCCAUCCUUAUUUGUGGUUUCUUCCACUUCCAAUAUUUUCAUCUUUUUGCCUUCCAGCAUUGGAUGCUGUGUUUUAACAUUACUGUCUGCUCAUUUGUAGAUUGUGAAAGAAAGUGGCCCCUUAUGAGCGGUAACUGGAGGACCACAGUAGAUCUCAAUGGACAUUGGAAUGGAACUUUAGCUGCCACUAUUUCAGUGUCCUAGUUUCCAGUAUACGUUCCAUAUAUAGAAUAAAGGACUGUAAAAUGGUCUAAUUUGAUGAAUUUUGAUUUUCUGCCUCCCACUCUCAAAUCUGCCCCCUUUUGUCACAGGUUCCAUCUCCUUGCCUGUGUCCUCAAGCCUCUUCUUCAUUUGUCUCCUCUUUCUAACUCCGUUACCUAAUCUGUACCAUCCCUGCAGCCAUCUUGUAUUUCCCUGCUCCUCAUGUUUCACUGUCUCCCAUGGCCUCUUUCUGCCCCUCAGGCUCUCUGAGAAACCUACUCUCCACGUGGAUCUUAAUUCCAGUGUACUCACAGCUUUCCUUUCUUCCUGAGAAGGCAAAUUUAAACCAUAUUGAUUGCCUUAUUGCCUGAGCAAUCAGAAUGUCCAUAAGGCAACCAGAUAAGUGGCUAUUCAGAAGCCUGUUUCCCUUGUUUUGUCUGUCUGCAGCAUCCUCCCCUAGUUACUAAUGAUGCUUGCUUUUGCAAUGACACCACCAUUGUUCUGUUCCAGACAAACCAGUGUCUCCGUGCAGCUUGAUCCAGUGCAGGAAGAAGGAGAAGUGUGAAAUCAUAGGAGGUGAUCCAGUGUGUGUGCCAGAGUCUGAAUCCAACUGCUGGGCCCAAGGAGAUCCUCAUUAUCACACCUUCGAUGGGAAGAAAUUUGACUUCAUGGGCACCUGUACCUACACUAUUGCCAAGACUUGCGGCUCGGAUGCCACUCUUCCUUCCUUCAGUGUUGAAGCCAAGAAUGAGAACAGGGGAGGAAAUACUCGUGUUUCGUACAUUGGCUCUGUGACAGUCACAGUCUAUAACACCAUCAUCAAGGUGGUCAGAAAUGAGAAAGGCUUUGUGAGGGUGAGGAUGAAAGAAAUAUUUCUAUUUCUUUAAAAAAGCAACCUAUUUUCCCCAAGAGUCCAUCAGAAUCUACUCUGCUUGCUUCUUGUCUUGUCUUGUAAUGCAGGCACGUGGAACAGAAGAUCUGGCAAAGUCUCCCUGCCCCAGUUUGCUAACCUGGACUGAUCUCUGGCCACCACCCCUGCUCCCUCUUUCUGCACCUCCCCCCACCAGCCAGUGCCCCACUUUUUUAGCGUUUGAGGAGGAGCUGUUUUCAUUUUAUGCCAUACCUACUUUGCACUUGGCUGUAUCCGCCUGCCAUUGGGCACUGGGAACGAUAGUACAGCCCAAAUAGCUGAGGCUUAGGGGGCUUCUCGCCAUUUUUAAUUUAAACAAGUUCUCCCAAAAUAAGAGCGGUAGUGAGACAGAAUUAGCUACAAGCCUAGAUGGCUCAGUAAACUGAUCUGGUGAGAUGCCAUCUUUGGGAUCAAUGAUCCAGUGAGUGCCCAGGAGCAGCACCUACCUCUGCUUGGUCCUGUUCUGUCACUUAGCUCAUGAGAUCUUUUUUUGCAGGGGAGGGGGGAGGGAUCUGGAUUACAGGGUUCCAGAUAUUUGCCUGGCAAUCCACUCUAGUGACUGCAUUUUCAAUUAUUCCUUCUUGCACUGUACUUUCCAGCCACAGGUCUGCAGUUAAAAGCUCUGUGCCCAAGUGUUACUUUUUCUUUUUCUUUUGCCCUGGAACUUCCCCUGGGAAAACCUGUUUUUUACCACUGAAUCAAAAAGCAAUUGACAGAAAACUUGCUUUUCAUUUGCUCUGAUUCGGCAGUAAAAUGUCGAAUCAGAGCCAAGGAAAGUGUGUGUGUUGGUCUUUUUCAUAUACGUUCCUAUUUUACAUCCAUCUCAUUCAGCAGGCUAUAUGAUGUAACAAACCCAAGAGGUUGUAUCCAACCAAUUUCUACUCUGGGCACACCCACUGAAAUUAAUGGACCCAAGUUAGUGCAUUAAUUUCAACAGGUCUGCUCUGAGUCUGACUGACAUUGAAUACAAUCUACAGUCUUGUCCUGCUGUUUGUUGCAUCUGAGUUUUCUCUUGCAGGUGGACAACCUGCGGUUCCGCCUGCCCAUCUCCCUCCAUGAAGGAAAACUCCGUCUCUACCAGAGUGGGAGCUCUGUCUUCAUUGAGACAGAUUUCCCCCUGAAGGUCUCCUAUGACUGGAACACCUACCUGGUGGUGAAGCUCUCCAGCAGCUUUUAUGAAAAUGUCUGCGGACUUUGUGGCAACUACAAUGGAGACCCCGCUGAUGACUUCAGCAAACCCGAUGGGGCCUUGGCUCCCAACCCCAAUGAGUUUGGAAAGAGCUGGAAAGUAGACGAUGGCGACAGGUUGUGUUGGGAUGAUUGCCAUGGGGAAUGCAAAACCUGCUCCCCAGAAAUGGCCAAGAAGUAUGAAGGUGAACCAUUCUGUGGCUGGCUCAUCAAAGGAGAAGAUGGCCCAUUCAGCAAGUGUCAUUCUGUGAUCGACCCCAACCCCUAUCUGGGGAACUGUGUCUAUGACCUCUGCUUGAAUGAUGGGCUGAAGGAGCUUCUUUGUGAUGCGCUGAAUACCUACGCAGUUGCUUGCCAGGAAAAGGGAGUUGCUAUAUCUGAAUGGAGGAUCCGCACUGGUUGCGGUGAGUGUUCCUGGGUGCUGAGUAGAGCACAGCAGAUUUUAUUUUCAUUAUUUGGCUUAAAAAUUAUGUUCUCCCUUAUGUCAUGAGGUACAUAAUGUCAAGCCAGGGCAUUUCAUGUUCUGCAGAUCUCUGUACGAAGACUUUUUCACUGAGCCUAGCAUUCACUAUUAAGGAAGAUUCUUGUCACCACUAUGACAGAGAGAGAUGAUUUGAAGGGACUCUAGGAAUAGAGUGUGACAACAGAGGCAGAAUCUCUAUAGGUUUUUUUUAUUAAAAAAAUCAGAUCAAUGUAACAGCUGAAUAGGGAUGGGCUAGGAAGGCAAAUGGUAGAUGCAUUUUUUCACCUGUAUUGAACACUUCAAGGCGAGAAUUGCAUAUGAGGUUAUCCUGUUUUAUUUCUGCAGUGCUCUAGCAGGGAGUUUAGGCUAGCAGAAUCUAGAACACCUUGCUUCUGGCCCGCACUGUCUUCUAAGCUUUUAAUCUUGUGCUAUUGAUAAGCAUCUUGUCUCUUUUGACAGGUGUAUCCUGCCCCGAGAACAGCCAUUAUGAGCUCUGUGGGUCUCCAUGUCCUGCCACCUGCAAUGACCAAGCUGGGCCCAAGAAUUGCUCCUCGAUGUGUUGCGUGGAAGGCUGCCAAUGUAAUGAGGGCUUUGUGUUGGAUGCUGGGAAAUGCAUCCCCAAGUCUGCCUGUGGGUGUGUGUUUGAGGGGAAGCACUUGCUUCCCGGAGAGCACUUCUGGGGAGACAAGACAUGUACGAAAAGGUGCUUCUGUGACCCACAGACAAGACAAGUGAACUGUCAGGCAGUGAGCUGCGGAAAGGGAACGGAGUGUAGGAUCGAGGGUGGCAUCCAGAACUGCUACCCAACCAAUUUUGGCAACUGCUCUGCCUCUGGCGACCCGCACUACAUUAGCUUUGAUGGCCGGAAGUUUGACUUCCAGGGCACCUGCGUGUAUCAGUUGACUGGGCUGUGUGAGAAGAGGGAAGACCUAGUCGAUUUCCAGGUCCUCGUCGAAAAUGACCAGCGAGGCGGCCAGUCUGUGUCCUAUACCCGGACUGUAGAGGUGAAAGUUUAUGGGGCAUCCAUUGUGAUGAGCAGAGGGAACCCUGCAAAAGUCAUGGUGAGUUUAUCAUAGAGGUGGGGAACCAAAUGCAGGAGCGGAGGAAGGGGUGUGUGAUGGGUGCAGACCAUCCCAGGUGUCACCACUGAGAGGGGUGACAAAAUGCUGGGCGGCACUCAUCAUGGGGUCUGCAGCGCACCUGAGCCAUGUGUCUCUCCUGGGAGAGUCUCAGUGGCUUGGGCAUGCGCAGGCUGCCCAAACGGUCUGCCUGCUGCCUCCCCCCCAGCUGUAUGGCAGCUGAGUGGGAGGAGGCGGGCAGAUUCCAGAGGCCCCGUGGUACACGCCACCCCUAUGGGUGGCUCGCCCUGCCCCUGGGCGUGCCACCCCAGGUGCCCAGGCGGCUUCCCCACCACUGACCAUCUCCCCAAGGCAUCUCCUUGCUACACUGGCCUUGCUUUGUACCCUCCUUGCAUGACUUGAAUGUGUCCUUUGAACCCUGAUUAUGCUUGCCUGGAAGAAAGAUAGAGAGGCAUAUAUGAUUAUGCGUGAAACUAGCCUACUGUACAUAAGUAAAAUUAGCCUUCAUUGCUCUGCCCACUUUUGCUUCUGACCCCUCUCACCAGUGGCAUGUGGUCCCCAGGAAGUUGCCCGGAAGGGAAUGUGGUUCUCAACCUGAAAAAAGUUCCCCACUCCUCAUCUGGAACAUCACAGUUGGAAACUACUGAGAACAGGGGAGGGGAUUAUUCUGAUAAUGAAGGUACCUGGCAUGGUUCCUUUCCUCUCCAUGGCUAGUGCCCAGAAGAAAGAUGAAGUGGGCUGCCUUGUGUCCAUUUUCCAUAGGUUUUGAAAAGAGGCCAUUCUGUGAUCAUAUGAAAUCUAUUUUCCAGUAGUAUUAUUAUUAUCAUUUUAAAGGGAAACUUUACUUCAAUAAUCUAGUACAGAGGGUUAUCCUUUUUUGGGUUGCAGAGGUGAGAGGAACAAAACAGGCAGGGGCAAAUUUCCCAGAUUGUGUGUUACCAGACGUUUCACCCCUAACAGAAAGCUAAGAUCAGCAAGUGAAUUCUUUGUGGUACUUGAUACCUAACAGAGAAUUUUAAAAGAGUUAAAUUUCCCCUCCUUCCUGCAAAUGGUAAGUUGCUGCUGAUCUCUGUGCUCUGGAGCAGCCUUGCUUAGUCUUAUGCAUCCCAAGUGUUACUGGUCUCCCAACUUCCAUCAGUCCUGGCCAGCACAGCCAAGGAACAGGGAUAAUGGGAGUUGUAGUCCAAAGUACCUGGAGAGCACCAGGUUGGGGAAACAUCAUGGAUUACAAAGGCACUUCUGAAAUGCCCCUUUUUUUGAAUGGGCUCUAGGUGAACGACUUGCUGACCAACCUUCCCUACAGCAUCGACAUCAACAGAAUCUCCGUAUACAGGAAAGGGCAAGGGGCAGUGGUCCAGACAGACUUCCAACUGACUGUCAUCUUUGAUGGGAUCAGCCGGGUCACUGUGUCUGUGCCCAGCAGCUACCGUGGUGCCCUGUGUGGUCUCUGUGGGAACUUCAAUGGCAACAAGCAGGACGAUUUGACCAUGAAAGAUGGCACAGUGGCUCCGCACCCAUCAGACUUUGGUCAGAGCUGGAAAGUGCGGGAGGUGCCAGGCUGCAGCAAAGGGGGCACGGAAGAAUGCCCUGCUCUGUCAGCCAUUGAGAAGAAUCAACGGAACCUCAACAAGGAGUGUGGGCUCAUCCUAGCCAAGAGUGGCCCCUUCAGAGAAUGUCACAGCAAAGUGGAUCCAGAAGGAUACUUCCAAGAUUGUGUGUACGAUUAUUGUUUCUUUGAUGGCCAACAAGCUGUGAUCUGCCAGGUCAUUGCCAGCUAUGCUGCAGCGUGCCAGGAAGCUGGGGUAACCAUCUAUCCUUGGAGAUCGGACAACUUCUGCAGUAAGUGCUAAUGCUGUGAGCUGUUUUCUGAAAUUCCUCAGAUUUUCAGAGUUACAGAGAACAUGGUAAUCAAUCUAAAAUGACAUGCAAAUAUAUCAAUGCUUAUUUUUCUUCUUAAAGUAUAUAUUCAGAUUUUGUGUCUGUACCAUUUCAGGUAAAACUUCAUGUAAAACUUUUCCCAGCUGAGAAAGUCUCAUUGUCCCCUCCCCCAAGUGAUGGGAAGACCUGCCCACUCUCUCAGUUUCUUAGUUUUUCUAAUUUGAAAUUCAGCUGUCCACAUUUCAGAAGGAAUCUGCAAUUUUUGAAAGCGGGGGAGAAAUCCCCAUUAAAAUUUGUCAGCAUUUUAGUACCAAUUUCUACUAACGAACACAUUUUUGCAAGUAAUUUCCCCAUAGCUUUGGUAUGCUAUUUUCACUAAAAUUUUCAUUUUAAUGGCCAUUUCCCACCAAAUAUAGGCAUUUUUUGGAAAUACUAGUUGGUUGGAGAAUUGCACUGCGAUUUUGGAAAUUAUGAAUUAAGCAGUUUCAUCUUUAAAUGAGAGCCGAAUUGUAUUUCUCCCACAUCCCUAUUUUCUCCCAGUCUAGGCAUUCAGUUCUUGUAUGAUCAGAGGCAAAGAAAGAUGGGACUUCUGUAAAUCAGGUGGGGUGUGUGCAGUGUAAACACACACACACACACACACACACACACACACACCAGGCUACCAUUGAAAAGUGGGGAUUCCAAACAGGUGUAGGAAUAGGUCAAAGACCAGCUCUCGGUUGGAAAGCUGUCCAUGGCAUAUUUGGGAAUCAUGAGUGGAAGAGUGCUGUUGUGUUCAUGUCCUACUUGUGGACUUUAUGUAGGUAUCUGGUUGAGAGCAGAAUGCUAGACUAGAUAGGCCUUUCAUGCGAUCCAGUAGAACUUUCCUUAUGCUUAUAAUAACCCCUUUCAGCAUGCCAUCCUAGAACAUCGUGGCCCUUUCCUCCCUCUCAAUGUUUCUUUCUACUGGUUCCGAUUGACAGGUCUUUCCUGCGCUCCGAAUAGCCACUACGAGCUCUGUGCGAGAGGUUGUGCUCAGACCUGUGGCAGCUUUUACACUACAGUCCCUUGUUCGGCUACGUGCCACGAAGACUGUGUGUGCGACGAGGGCUUUUUGCUGAGCGGUGAUCAAUGUGUGCCCACGUCCCGGUGCGGCUGUCACUACCAAGGCCACUACUACCCAGCAGGAGAGACUUUCUAUCCAACCUGUCAGGAGCGUUGCAUGUGCCAUGCUGGGGGGAGUAUUGGGUGUGUCUCAUUCUCCUGUGGCCCCAAUCAGGAAUGCCAGUUGUCAGAUGGUGUCCGGAAAUGUUACCCUGUGGGCAAUGCUACCUGUUCUGGUUCGGGUGACCCUCACUAUCUCUCCUUCGAUGGACGGGCCUUUGACUUCCAAGGCACCUGCACCUAUACCUUGGCUACGGUUAACACAGGCAACCGGCUCUUGAGAUCCUUUACUGUCAACGUGGAAAACGAGGCCUGGGGGAAUGGGAAGGUGUCCGUUACCAAGAUGGUUUCUGUCUCAGUCUACGGCAUUACACUUACAUUGCUGCAGAACAAGCAAGGUCAAGUGAUGGUGAGUCCAAGCUAUAAGGAAAGGGCAGCUGGAUGGUCAUCUGUCAUGGAUGCUUUAGUUAAGAUUCCUGCAUUUCAGGGGGUUGGACUAGAUGACCCACAGGGUCCCUUGCAACUCUAAAAUUCUGUGAUUUUUAGCCAUUCAUCUUUUUUUCUCUCUCAUUAAGACAUUGUCUUUGCUCAGUCGUUUUAUUCGUCCUAAAUGAAUCUGAGAAUUUAUGUUUGGUUUGUCUUUCUUCCAGCCCUAAUUUCAGUUUUUCCAAAUUUCCACCUUUUUUUUUAAAAAAAAAGAGAGUCCUGAAAAUUUGUCUACAUUUUAGUGCAAUUUUUAUUGCACAUUUAUCUUAAUCUACUGAAAUUAGUGUGCAGUUUUGCCUAAUAUAUACACUGUGGCAAGUAAUAUUUCCUACUUCAGUGCAUUCUUAUAUGUCAGGGGUCAGCAAGGUUUACCUCGCCUGGGCUGGUUCACUCCAGCGGAGAUCCCUCCGUGGGACGGCGCUUGCGCGCAUGAGUGUGCACGGCCACGAUUUCCAGUGUUUGCAUCUGUGCAGAUGCGAUUUCCAGCAUCUGAGCAUGCACAGACAUGAUUUCCGGUGCCUCGGAAGUGAGUCACCGCGCUGCGCUGGUUUAGUGCAACACGAGGGGACUCGCUGAGCAGGCAGCUCAGUUUGGGGGCAGCUUGUGGGCCGGUUAAAUGACCCCUGUGGGUCGCUUGUGGCCCAUGGGCCUCAGGUUGCCUACCCCUGCUAUAUGUCAUUUUCACUAAUAUAUGCAUUUUUAUACAAACAUUACUUUGCUACUGUAUGUGCAAUUUUUGUACAUGUUACUUGGCCAGAGAACUGUAUUGCAAAAUUCAGAGAAUUCCAAGGAUAGUGGUGUUUUGGUUCUCAUAUGGUUUCAGAAAACGUAAAUUCACUUUUAAAUGCAAACCGAAUCAAAUUUCUCCCCCAUUCCUAUCUGGAGGUUGAGAAGGGUGACAGCAAUGAGGGUGGGGUGAGGGCAGAGCUAGCAUCCUCAAGCACACACACUCUUCCUCACAUGCCCUUUUCAGCACACCUGUUUCAGGUUAUCAUCACUGAGAGGGCUAGGAUAAAAUAUGUUCCUCCUAGGAGCUUUAUGGUUAUCUUUCCACUGCGACCUCAAAAAACCAAGCCUUCUCAAACAGGAAAUCCUUCUUGCAGGUGAAUGGCUUGAUCUAUACCGUCCCUAUAUCCUUGUCUGCUGGGCGGAUCAGAGCCUAUCAACACGGCACAAAAAUCCUGAUAGAAACUGACUUUGGUCUCAUUGUGAGCUACGACCUAGUUUACCGUGUGACAGUCACAGUCCCAAGUACUUACCAGAGUGAGAUGCGAGGCCUCUGUGGGAACUACAACGGGCAGAAGGAUGACGACUUCCUGCUACCCGAUGGGAGCACAACUUCCAAUGCAGGUGACUUUGGUGCUUCCUGGAAGGUUCCAGUCCAUGGGGCAGCUGGAUCUUGCUCAGAUGGAUGCUCUGGAAACAGCUGCCCAGUCUGCGAUGAAAGGAAGAAGGAGAUCUUCAAACAGCGCCACUACUGUGGGAUUCUCACUGCGUCUGAUGGCCCCUUCAGUGCUUGCCAUGGAAAGGUUGAUGCCAACAUAUACUUCAGCGACUGCAUCUAUGACCUGUGCAUGGGCAAUGGGGACAGCCAGGUCUUGUGCAACAGCAUCCAGAGCUACGUAUCUGCCUGCCAAGCGACUGGGGUCUCUGUCGAGCCUUGGAGGAGCCCUUGCUUCUGUCGUAAGUACUGGGGAUUGAACAUUCAUGGGGACGUGAAAUGGGAGAAGAGAAAUGGGAGCAGAAUCUGAACUGGUUCCAUGUCACUUUCGGGCUAAACUAGAGGGGCGUGCUCAUUUGUAAAGCCCUAAAAUGUCUCAGGCUCUGCAAAGGCUGAAUUCAUUUGACUUUUCAAAUCACAUGCGAUCACCCUCUUGACUAUUUCUGACACACCAGCUACGAAAUUGUUUGCAAUCAGUUCCUGCCAGAGCCAGAAGUCUAAGGUAGAGGUGGGGGAACAUUUUUCAGUCCUGGGACCAUGUUUCCUUCUUGGUAACCUUUUUGGGUCCAUAUGCCAAUAGUGAGCAUAGCCAGAGCAAAAAUGGGUGGAGCAAUUGAUGUUAUUUGUUAUCUUUGUACAGUGGGCCAGUAUCUACCCCCAAUCUUUUAUACCCCUCUCUAUCCUCUAUCCAGGAAAUUAAGAAGCAUGAUCAGAGUUCAAAGAUACAUUCUAGCCAGGAAAAAGAACUACUCCCUCUUUUGGAUUUCACAUGCUGUCUUUCACAACCAUUUUAAGAAGCACCGGGGUUCUUUUGGUCUAAUAUCUUUUUUUCUAUUCCAAUUUAGCUAUGCGCUGCCCUGCCAACAGUCACUAUGAGAUCUGUGCCCAGCUCUGCCCCACCUCCUGUGCCAAGAUCACAGACACUGCACCCUGUCCAAAGACUUGUGCUGAGGGCUGCCAGUGUAAUGAUGGUUUCUUCUUUGAUGGUGUUGGCUGUGUCCCCGCAAAAGACUGUGGAUGCAUAAAGAAUGGACGCUACUACAAGGUAGAUGGUCUUCUGAACCUGAUUUUCCUCUCCUCCUUUUAAAAUUAAACUACAUUUUUUAUUUUUACUGUCCCAAAUCAUUAUGGAUCAAGUUGUUUGUUGUUUUUAUCCGCUUUUACCUCUGUGUUUGCUCAGUUUCACAUUCUUUCGAAUCACAAGUCACAAGCUGUUGUGAUAAUUUCUAGGACUUAGGGAAUUUCACAGCCUUUGAACAAUUGAGUCAACUUGUGUGUCUUGAGGUGUGGUUUUCUUUUGUAAUCUGGAAGUAACAAAGUCCUAACAAAUGAACUGUCCUUGUUAUGAGGAGGUGCAGCAAGUGGCAGAAUAAUGAAUUUUUAAAUGUAAGGAUAUGGCAGAAUUACUAACGCCAUGUUUAUAUAUGAAACAGAAGAGCCCAUACCUAAAGCCUAUCUAAUCCAGCAUUCUGUUCUCAGUACAAAAGCUAAUAAUAAUAAUAAUAAUAAUAAUAAUAAUGUUAUUAUUUAUACCCCACCCAUCUGGCUGGAUUGCCCUAGCCACUCUGAGCAGCUUCCAACACACAUAAAUGUCUAUGGGGCGCCUGAAAUCAGGGCAUGAGCUCAAUAGCCCUCUUCCUUAUUGCAGAGUGGCUGAGGAAACCCAGUCAGAUGGGCGGGGUAUAAAUAAUAACAUAUUAUUAUUAUUAUUAUUAUUAUUAUUAUUAUUAUUAUUACAGUAGUACCUUGGUUUACGAACUUAAUCUGUUCUGGAAAUCCAUUCUUAAACCAAUACCAUUAUUAAACUGAAGCUCGCUUUCCCUAAUUCAGCCUCCCCGCCGAUGCCCUUCCACCGUUCAGCUUCCGUUCUUAGACUGAGGUAAAGUUCUCAAACCAAGACACUAUUUCCAAUUUUGCAGAGUUUGUAAACAAAAUCGUUCUUAAAUAGGACUGUUCUUAAACCGAGGUACCACUGUAUUAUUAUUAUUAUUAUUAAUUCAGUAAGUUACAGGACCUUGUUUAUCUCAGCACUCAACUCUGCAAGGCCAAUGUCAUUCUGUUCAUGAAGGAUAAAGCUGUCAGUAGUUUCUAGCCAUCACUGUCUGCAUUGUAUGCGUCUGAAAUACCAGUAACUGGGAAUCACACACAGGGAAAGUGCUGUUGCCCUCGUAUUCUGCUCAUGGGCUUCCUGUAGUCAUCCCGUUGGCCACUGUGAAAACAAGAUGCUGGAUGCGAUAGGCCUUUCAUCUUGAUCCAUCAGAGUCUGUCUUAUGUUCUUGAAGCACAGAAGCAACGAGUGCCAGAAGGGAGUCUUUUAAGGUUACAAAGCAUUUUCUAAACUUUGCCAUCAACAAUCCUUCUUUCCUAGUGACCUAGUGACUUCCAUGGCAACACUAGGGCUCUCCCAGUUUGUUUUGGGCCCCACUCAUCAAGCAGGCCACACGCUAGAUCUGAUCUUUGGGGCUGGCAUAGAUGUGAUCAUGCUCCCCGCUGUGGAAGUGCCAUGGUCUGAUCACUACGCUCUGAAAGCCAAGAUUGACUUCCCGCUCCUCCCCAGCUCAGGUGGCGAACCUAUUUGGGCUCGUCCACGAAAACUGAUGGAUCCUGAUAGAUUCCGACAAGCCAUGCGGAACCCUGCUCCUCCUGGUGACUCAUUAGAUAACCUUGUUGAGGACUGGAAUAACCGGCUCUUGGCAGCCAUUGAUGAGAUCGCGCCUAAGUGCCCUCUGCGACCCCGUUGAAACCGGGCCCCUUGGUUUACUGAGGAGCUCCGGAAAAUGAAGCAGGAUCUCAGAUGGCUAGAGCGAGUAUGGCGACGGACUCGUGACGGAGCCUCAAGAACAUCUUAUAGGACGCUUAGGAAAGCCUAUGAAAUGGCUAUGAAAGCUGCUAAGAAAUCUUACUUUGCAGCUUCCAUUGCAUCCGCUAGCUCUCGCCCGGCACAACUUUUUAGAAUAAUUAGGUCAAUAACGUCCUUAGGAGGGCAACCAAAUUUAAGCACAAAUUAGACCCACAGCUGUGAAGCAUUCACGAGCUUUUUUUGCGGAGAAAGUCCUGUUGCUCUGCCGUGACCUCCCUGCCAAUUUAGAUACAGUGACUGAACUGGAGGCCCCUCGACUGACUUUAGGUCCAGUGUUGGACCAUUUCAAUUGGAUACUCCCUACUGAUGUGGAUAGAUUCCUCCAAGUUGGUAGGCCCACCACCUGCCUCCUUGAUCCGUGCCCGUCUUGGCUGAUUAGGGAGUGUCCAGAUGUUGCGCGGACCCCCCUGGUUGAAAUUAUCAAUUUGUCCCUUGACACGGGGACAUUCCCAGGGGAACUGAAGGAAGCAGUGGUGUGUCCACUCUUAAAGAAAACUUCAUUAGAUCCCUUAGACCUAUCCAAUUACCGCCCAGUUUCAAAUCUUCCAUAGCUGGGUAAGGUAAUUGAGAGAGCGGUUGCUGAACAGCUUGGUAGGUUUCUGGAGGAAACAUCGGCAUUAGAUCCAUUUCAGUACGGUUUCCGUCCUGGUUUUGGGACGGAAACGGCUCUGGUUGCCCUAACAGAUGAUCUCCGUAGACAACUGGAUCAAGGCGGGUCAGGACUGCUGAUCCUUUUAGAUUUGUCAGCAGCCUUUGACAUGGUCGAUCAUGAUCUUCUGGACCACUGCCUCGCAGACGUGGGGAUACAGGGCAUAGCCCGUAACUGGUUGUGCUCUUUUAUCUCUGGUCGGGGACAGAGGGUGGCACUAGGGAGGGAAAUGUCAUCGCGCCACUCCUUGGUGUGUGGAGUGCCGCAGGGCGCAAUUCUCUCCCCGAUGCUUUUUAAAAUUUUUGUGCGCCCCCUUGCCCAGAUUAUCCAGAGCUUUGGGCUGGGCUGUCACCAAUAUGCUGAUGACACUCAGUUCUAUCUGCUGAUGGAUGGCCACACCGACUCGGCCCUGAACACACUGACCAGAUGCUUGGAAGCUGUGGCUGGAUGGUUUCGUGGGAGCCGAUUGAAACUAAAUCCUUCGAAGACAGAGGUCCUCUGGCUAGGUCGGGAUGGCAUGGGGAUGAGGGACCAACUCCCUUCUCUUGCGGGGGCCCAAUUAGUGCCAUUGCCUUCCGUUAAGAGUUUGGGUGUAAUCCUUGACGCCUCCCUUUCAAUAGAGGCGCAAGUUACAGCAACAGCCAAGGCAACAUUUUUCCACCUUCGCCGCAUCAAGCAGUUGGUCCCUUACCUUUCCCGCCCCAACCUGGCCACAGUGAUCCAUGCGACGGUCAUCUCCAGGCUUGACUACUGUAAUUUGCUCUACGCGGGGCUGCCCUUGAAGCUGUCCCAGAAACUCCAGCGGGUACAGAAUGCUGCAGCGAGGCUCCUCACGGGGUCUCUGCCAUGGGAGCAUAUUCACCCAGUGCUUUUCAAGCUGCACUGGCUCCCGGUGGAGUACAGGGUCAGAUUUAAGGUGCUGCUUUUGACCUUUAAAGCGCUUCACAGCCUAGGACCCUCAUACCCACGGGACCGCCUCUCCUGGUAUGCCCCACAGAGAGCCUCAUGGUCCAUAAAUAACAACACCAUAGUGGUCCCAGGCCCUAAGGAAGUUAGAUUGGCUUCAACCAGAGCCAGGGCCUUUUCAACUCUGGCUCCGGCCUGGUGGAACGCUCUGCCUCAUGAGACCAGGGCCCUGCAGGAUCUGAUUUCUUUCCGCAGGGCCUGUAAGACAGAGUUGUUCUGCCUGGCCUUUGGCUUGGAGCCAAUUUGAUUCCCUCCCUCCCUCUCUUUCUUUCUUCUUUUCCUUCUCCUCCUGCAAUGAGGCUACAUUUUAAUAUUUUAAUGUUCCAUUAUUUUAAUGUAUUUUAUUUUUGUUUUUAAGUUGUAAUCAUUCAUCUUGUUUUUAUUAUUGCUUGUAAGCCGCUCUGAGCCCGGCCUUGGCUGGGGAGGGCGGGGUAUAAAUAGAAAAUUUAUUAUUAUUAUUAUUAUUAUUAUUAUUAUUAUUAUUAUUAUUUCCUUCCAAGAAAAAAAAAAUCCAUAAAAACAAGCAAAUGAGAAUAAGAAGCUUUCCAUGUGAAAAACACUUAGCCCUUUCUCUAAAAUGGAGUCCAGCUCCUCUGAUGUUCAUUCCAUUCGCAAUUAGGAAUGGGCUGCAGCUCAGUGGCACAGCAUCUGCCUUGCGUGAAGAAGGGCUUGGGUCUAAUCCUGGCUGGCAUCUCUAGGUAGGGAGAGACUCUUUGUCUAAAACCCUGGAGAGUCUUUGCUAGUCAGUGUACACAAUACUGAACUAGGUGGACCAGUUACCUGAUUCAGUAGGAUGCAAAGCUUUGAAGGAAUUGGCUACAUCUCACCUUGUUAUUUGUAUGUGUGCUGUCACCUACACAACUGACCCAGAAUAUUUUGCUACUGGAGGGAAAGGUCAAUAUGGCACCCCUUCCCAUUCCACAUACAGAAGGCAACCGGACUUGUGCGUCAAUUGUAAUGCAACACCAGUGAUGGGAUAGUAUCUUCUACCAGCCCUGGUGACCCGACCAAUUAAUGGAUUUCUCCAUGAAAUGUGACACCUGUUAAUGUUUUCAUGCCAUCAUUUGUUGCUUCAGAGCAUUUAGAAGCUGACAUGUAUUCGUAAAUAAUGUUAUUGACUUCAGGUCCAGUUGCAACAGAGAACCAUAUUCAGAACUCUUGGCUGGAUGCUAUUUGCCACCUUCACCUACACCUCUAGAGCAGAUCUGAUUCUGCCCUAAUUCUGUUGUUGCUAUAUUAUAUUGUUUUCCAAAUUUCCCACCAGCCCAAUGAGAAGGUUCUGCUGAAUGCAUGCCAGGAGAUCUGCCACUGCAUCCCAGGCCUGGGAGUGAUUUGUGAGGCCCACAGCUGUGCUGCCGAUGAGAUGUGCAAGAUCCAAGAUGGAGUCAUGGGUUGCAUUAAUAAGGGUAAGGAGAGAUUAAUGAAAGGAUGAGAUGAGGAAACCGUGACCCUUCAAGGUGACGUCAUUGUCCCUGACCAUUGACUAGGGCACGGAGGUGCUUGUAAUAUGAUUCCCUUUGUCUUUAAUAUGGUCCUGCUGCCCAGGUAGUGGCUUUUGAAAGACAUGGAUAGCUCAGUUGGUUAGAGCAUGGUGUUUAUGAUGCCAAAGUUGCAGGUUCUAUCCCCGUAUGGGACAGCUGCAUAUUCCUGCAUUGCAGGGGGUUGGACUAGAUGAUCAUUACGGUCUCUUCCAACUCUAUGAUUCUAUGACUUAUCCACACACACAUCGCUAUCCUCUACCCAUACUCUCAAGAAGCAUUUUCAGAGUUCAGGGACAUAUUCUAGCCCAAUAAAACUAGGACAGGAAGUGGGGGUUAUGUGUUACUCUUGCCUUUUUUGCUUUCCCCUAUUGCCGUGAGGCCAUCAUGGUACUAUCCAAGUGUUCUUGGACUACAGCUCCCAUCAGUCCUGACCAUCUGCCAUAUUGGCAGAGGCUGAUGGGAACUGGAGGGCAACAGCAUCUGGAAGGCACCGUACUGGCUACACGCAAUUAGAUAUUCACCCUGAAUUGCAUCUAGCAAUCACUCACAUUUCGCCCCUUUCAUUCCAGAUCCGUGUAAAUCCCUGAAGUGCCGAGAAAAAGAAACAUGCAGGAUUGUGAACGGCCAGGCCAAAUGCAUCCCUAACUUCUCAGGAAUUUGCUGGGCCUGGGGGGACCCACACUACCAAACCUUUGACAAAAAGAAGUUUGAUUUCCAGGGCACUUGUUCUUACACUAUUGCCAAGUACUGUGGAAAUGAUGCUACGCUGGUGCCUUUCACUAUCGAUGAGAAGAACGACAACAGGGGCAACCAGGCUGUGUCCUACGUGCGUCUGACCAACAUCUAUGUCUAUGGGUACAAGAUCUCCAUCCACAAACAGGAAACUGGAAGAAUCCGGGUAUGUCAAAUAGUCAGGGUGGGAUGACCCCACUGAGUGUAAUGGAAUUCAUUCUGAUAUAUAGCCAGAGCCCAAAAGUUUAAAGUAGCAUUAGAGAGUAAGGGGGGAAAAGGGUAUAUACUAAUGUCAGGAUGGAGAAGAGAAACAAAUGAUUGCAGAUCAGAUUGCUAUACCACUCUCAAUAACUGAGGUAAUGACCAUCAUGCUAUUACAUAACUAAAAGGCCCUCAUUAUCAAGGAGUCCUAUCUCAUUUUCCUUUUUUUGUAUAUAAUUUUUGUUAUAUUUUCUGUUUUACAAAUUAAAAUACUCAUUUUACAUCCUUAAGAUAUCACUGACUUCCCUUCUUCUCUUUCCAUGGUUCAUUUUACAUAUCAUAAAUCCCUGCAUACUUUACAAAAAACUAUACCAUUCAGUAUUCCAUUACUGCAUCCAACAAAACCUAUUUACACAGUUGAAUUUAUCUUAAUGCUGCCAGGAUGUCCUAUCUCAUUUUCCUGAGCUUGUGUCACUGUGGCGAGGGGCGAGACAGUGGCAGGGUUGGUUCAGUGCAAAUGCAUCUGCAGAAUUGGCUCUGCUGGUGUGUUUGCCUCACUACAUCCUCACUGCUGCCUUGCCUCUCCCCCUUUUGAAAAGCCGUAACAAUGAUGGUGAUGGGAGCCAAGACUCCUUAAGUGGUAACAACACAAUUCCUAACCAUGUCUGCUGAGAUACAAGUACAAUUGAAUCCAGUGGGACUUGCUGCCAAGUAAGUGAGGUUAUAAGGCUAGGAUCAACCUGGCUGUACCUGUUUCCUGAAGUUGUGACUACAUGGGAUUGUGUGGCACAAUCUCCAAAAAGUCAAAGAAAACCAAAGGAAUCAUUCCUGUGUGUGUGUUGUCUUGCAUUUCUGCCUCUAGCUGAAUGACAACAUUGUCAGCCUGCCACUGACUCUUGAAUAUGGCAAGAUCAAACUGUACCAAAGUGGCACCAAUGCUGUCCUGCAAACAGAUUUCGGCCUCCAAGUGACGUACGAUUGGAAAUGGCACCUGGUGAUCACUCUCCCCAGCAGCUACUAUGGGACCAUCUGUGGGCUGUGUGGAAACUUCAACCAAAACCCUGCAGAUGACAUGGUCUUUCCCAAUGGCACCAAGGCUGCCUCCAUCAUAAGCUGGGCCAGCAGCUGGAAAGUCAAGGACCGGGACCCCUUUUGCUGGGAUUACUGCCGAGGGAAUUGCCCAACAUGUGAUGAGGGCAAGAGGGUGCUGUAUGGAAAGGAAGAGUACUGUGGGCUGAUCAGCAAAACCUCAGGGGGCCCCUUCAGAGAAUGCCAUUCCAUAGUGAAUCCAGAUAACUUCUUUGACAGCUGCAUUUAUGACGUGUGUCUCAAUGGAGGAGCCAAGAACAUCCUUUGCCAGGCCUUGGAGGCCUAUGCUAAGACCUGUAGGAAAGAGGGUGCCACCAUAUAUGAUUGGAGGACAGCCUCUGGCUGUGGUGAGUACUUAUCCUUUAUACACACAAUGUAUGUAAUGACACCUAUGGCUUAGAGCAGCAGUGAUUAUUAAUAGUCCACAGGCCUUCAACUUCCAACCCUCCACAAAUAUCUGACGCCACACAAAGAGGCAGGGAAAGAAAGCCACAGUGCACAAGAUAGCCCACUAAGCGCAUGCUUUUUCAUUGCUAAAAGCAUAAACAAGAGGAAAACCUCAAAUGAGAUACCCUGUUUGCUUUGUAAAUCAGUUUGUGGUUGAGAAUAGCUGUAUCUGAAGCAAACAAAUCCAUGAACUACAUCACUCCUCUAGCAGCAGAGCUUCUUGAAUCUCUUUGGCUAUUGGAAUGAAUAGAAGCAUGGCUGGACCAAGACAUUUUGCUACCAGAGUCAUAAGAAAACAAGGUCUAGCAUCCUGCUUUCGCAGCAGCCAAUCAGAUGCCCAUAGAAAAUUCACAAGCAACCCAUGAGUGCAACAGCACUCUCCCUACUUCAGAGUCCCAGCAAAGGGUAUUCAGAGGCAUUCUGUCUCCCACAGUGAAGGUAGAACAUAGCAACCUAUUCACCAUGAAUUUGUUUAAUUCUAUUAUUGUUUAAUCCAUCUGACCACGUGGCUGCUGGACCUUAUGUUACCCUGGGAAAAGGAUAGUAUAUUUCAUGUAAGUGCACUUUUAAACUCCCAGUGUUCCUGCUUCCACAUACAAUAUCAGCAAUAAGAGCUCUUGCGAAGUUGAGACUUCAGCAUGUUUUAUCAGUUCUUAAAUUCCUGAUGUUCUCCUCCUUACAGCCUUGCCGUGCCCUCAGAAUAGCCACUAUGAGUUCUGUGGCAAUGCCUGCCCUGCCAGCUGCUCCGACCGCAAUGCUCCCUCUUUCUGCAUGCAGCCAUGCGUGGAAGCCUGCCAGUGCAAUGAUGGCUACGUCCUCAGCGUCGACAAGUGUGUGCCUGUCGGGAGCUGUGGCUGCACCUACAAUGGGCUCUACUACAAACCUGGAGAGGAGUUCUGGGCUGAUGAGACCUGUGGUUUCCGCUGCACAUGUGAUCCCACCCUGGGCUUUGCAGUGUGCAAACCAGCUGGCUGCAAAGCUAGUGAGCAGUGCACUGUGGUCAAUGGAGUCCGGGGCUGUUAUCCCGUAAGCACUGCUACUUGCUCAGCAACUGGGGACCCUCACUAUACGACCUUUGAUGGGAAGAAAUAUGACUUCAUGGGCACCUGUGUCUACCAGCUGGUUGGGCUCUGCUCUAAGGACCCGACUCUCAGGCCUUUCACUGUCAAUGUGGAGAACAACAACCGAGGCAACCCAAAGGUGUCUUACACCAAAGUGGUGACAUUGAAGGUCUAUGAUGUAACCGUGAUUAUGAGCCAGGAGCAUCCACGCAGGAUCCAGGUAUUGACACAGGAAAUUGAUGUAUGUAUGUAUGUAUGUAUGUAUGUAGAGGUUCUUUGCGUCCUUUCAGGACCCCUAGGGAGCGUGGCUGAGGCUCUUGGAAUAGUUUCUGUAUCUUUGGACAUUGUAGCUUUAACUACCUGGGCUCUUCUUAUGCAGAGUAUAGGCUACGUCACGUAGAGAUGUUGCACAGUUACAAUCAUAAUUCAUUGUGGAUUAUAUGCAGCUGAUGGCCCACUGAGGGCUGUCAAUUGCAGCUCCUGAAGAUGGAACUAGGCAAAGGUGGUUUGUAGUCAGUGAGAGCAGGAUCCCCAGCUGCUCAGCAACAGUGAGUUAACCUGCUUUUACUCUGAAAGAGUGCUUUAACAGUCCACCCCUAUUCACAGAGAACUCUGAGUAUAGGGGUUCCCUGACAACUUUCAGCAAACUCUGGCUUCCAGGAUCCUAUUGGAGAAGCCACAAUUGUUUAAUGUGCUAUCGUACUGCUUGAAAUGCAUGGUGUGAAUGUAGCCUUCCAUUAGAUAUGUCUUUACGGUAACAUUUUCUGUUGCAUUACAUUCCAGGUCAAUGGCGUCUUUGUGAACCUGCCUUUCUACCAUGAAGACAAGAUAAAAGCUUACAUCAGUGGGAAUGAGGGUGUCAUCAAGACUGAUUUUGGCCUGACGGUAGCCUUUGACUGGAACACCAAUGCCAAAGUCACUGUACCCAGUACAUACGCCAAUGCCGUUUGUGGCCUCUGUGGCAACAACAACUUGAACCCCAAUGAUGACUUGACCAUGAAGGAUGGGAGUCAUGCAUCCAGCAUCUCCCAAUUUACAGAAAGCUGGAAAGUCGGAGAGGCCCCUGGGUGCACACCGGGUUGCACCACCGAUUGCCCGCCAUGUGGAGAUAUGCAGAAAGAAACCUACAAGGGCGACCAGUACUGUGGCAUCCUCAUCAAAAAGGAUGGGCCAUUCUGGCGAUGUCAUGAUGUCCUUGACCCAACACCCUACUUCACAGAUUGUGUCUUUGACACCUGCCAGUAUCAUGGUCAGCAUAAAAUUAUGUGUGAUGCCAUCAGCGUCUAUGUGGCAGCAUGUCAGGCUCUGGAUGUUGAGAUUGAAGAAUGGAGAUCAAACUCCUUCUGCAGUAAGUGUUGCCUCUCGAAGCUUCCAUAACUCACGUCAUCUAUUGUUGACACUGACUGGCAUUGGUUCUCUAGGAUCUCAGCCAGGGACUUUCCCCAGUCAUACCUGGGGCUGCUGGGGGUUGAACCAGCUGUUAUUUGCAUGAAAAGCACAUGAUCCACCACUGAGCUGCACUCCCUCCCCUAGUUCAACUUUAGGGAUGUGCAUGAGUUGAAGGGAAGUGCUGCAUAAACUUGACAUUCAUCAAAUUUUGAAAUGUGAGGUUUGCAAUUAGAUUCUUUUCUCCCUAAAUGUAUUUCAGCAUUCAUCAGAGUAUUUGAAUAGGUACCAGAUCAUUGUAUAAAGGCAAAUAGUAACAGGAUCCUCUCUCUUCCUCAGCAGAGACAAGGUCUUAACUCUUAUGGUCUGUUAUUCAAUGUUAGUCAUGCUCAGAGUACACCAGUUGAAAUGAAUGAACAUGACUACCUUAGCUUUAUUAAUUUCAAUGGCUCUAUAAUGAGUAAAACUUAAUUGGAUACAGCCCAUAAUGCUUAAGAUUAUUAUUUUUUAAAUACCCUUGGAUUUUGAAAGACCAGUUGGAAUCUUUUUGUUUAAGCCUCUUGACUUGUCAGCAACAUCCAUGACUUGAUACAUACAGGUCACAUCAGAGUUAAGAUUCCCCUGAAAAAUUCAGUCAGAAUCCAAUCUGCAUAUAGCAAUUUUGACAUUAGAUGUGAAGCAUUUUGCAUUUACUGAUCUCCACAUUCAGAUUGAACAUUUAAGUGUCAAAUUCAUUUCAACCUUGAUAAUUCAAGUAGCGGGGUUUCACAUCUAUCCAAUUUUAAAUGUUGAUCCUGGAGAGGGGCAAGGAAGCAGUAUCAUUCUUAGUCUGAACCAUCCAGGCAUUUAAAAUGCUGUAACAUCUCUUAACAGGCUUUGUUUUGAAUUUCUUCAGCAAUUUCAAGUGCUGCAGGGCAAAGCGAUAUGAUGAUGAUGAUGAUCAAUGAGAUACUUCUAUAUUCUCAAACUAUUCCAUUAAUGGAUUUAAAUAUGAAUUCAGAUGACAGCCUUCACUAAAAACUAACCAGUAGAUGGCACUGCAUAAAUAGAAUAGGCAAAACAGUGCGGCAGACCUCUUCCUGACCAUGUCUCUGAAACAACCUCUGUCCUAGCUUGAAAUUCUCCACAGUCUGUUUUUGUCCUUUCUUCCAGGCCCUGCCUGCUCACCCAACUCUUACUACGAGCUCUGCGGAAACGGCUGCCCUGCCACUUGUCAUGGUCUCUCGGCUCCUGAUUGCUGUGAGAUGUCCUGCAAAGAAGGAUGCUAUUGCAAUCCAGGGUUUAUCUUGAGUGGGGACCAAUGUGUCUCCAUUGGCGAUUGUGGCUGUGAGCACCAGGGCAACUACUACAAGAAGGGAGAAGUUUUCUACCCCGGUUCCUCUUGCCAGAAACGAUGCCAAUGUGCAGACAAUGGAGUUGUCCAAUGCCUGGACUUCUCCUGUGGGCCCCAUGAGGAAUGUAGGGUAAAGGAUGGUGUCCACGGCUGUCAUCCUGUAGGCUCUGGUACAUGCAGUUUGGCCGCAGGCUUCCACUACCUAACUUUUGAUGGACGGGCCUACGACUUCCAAGGAACCUGCACUUAUACUUUAGCUAAAGUUGUCGGUGUGGGUUCUCAGCUGGCAAACUUCUCAGUGGUGGUGGAGAAUGAAAAGUCUUUUACCAAGAUGAUUGUGGUCUCUUGUCAUGGAUAUACCGUUGUCAUUGAGAGGGCAAUAAAGUGGAAAGUCAAGGUAAGUUCUGUUCUGGGUUUAGCCUCUUUGAAGUAGAAAUGCCAGCAAAGUUCACUAGCAGUUUCUACAAUUGCAGGAGUCCCUGGGAGAAUGUUGUCUCCCAGUGUCCACUGCACCCCAUCUUACAAUCUGGGUUUGUCUCAGUUUCUCAUUUUUUCCAAUAUUAAAUUCAAUUCUCCAUUUUUUUCCUGCAGCAACCUGUUAUAUAAAUGCUUUAAACAAUAAAACAUGAUUUUGAAAUAAAAACAUGCAAGUGAUAAGGGAACUGUAUAGGAAAUGUAGGGUGUGUUGAUUUCAUUUUUUAGGGUUUUACGGAGUUUAGGGAGGUCCACUAGAGAAACAAGCAAGCUGCUUGGAUCUUAGACUAGGAUGACGCUGCCGGAAGCUAGCCUUGAUUUCUCCACCCAUUCGCGUUUAGGUUGAACUGAUGAGUGCUAGGUACCGGCUCAGAAUCCUUUUGAAGCAUUCAUUUUGGGGCAUCCCAUGUCCCCUCCCAACUGCACAGCAACUACCAGAGAGUAAGACCCACUGGCAACACUGCAGGGCUGUUCUGUUGCAAACCCUUGAUCCCUUUUGACUAUGGUCUUUAGGUCUUUAGUGACUAACAAAUUAUGAUUUGCCCUGUAGUAACGGUAUUGUGUGGUCUGGCUCUGAGGUAUUACCGUAUUUUUCGCCCCAUAGGACGCACCGGCCCAUAGGACGCAUCAAGUUUUUUUGGGGGAAAAUAAAGAAAAAAAAAAUUUCCACCCCAGCGCUUGUGGGGCCGGCAGCGGGGAGAAGCGCUCUUCUCCCCGCCGCCCGCCUGCAGACCAGGUCCGGGGACAGCAGGAAGACGCGCUGCGCCUCCCAGCUGUCUGCGGGGCAGGCAGCGGGGAGAAGCGCUCUUCUCCCCACCGCCCGCCUGCAGACCAGGUCCGGGGACAGUGGGAAGACGCGCUGCGCCUCCCAGCUGUCCCCGGAGCUUGCGGGGCUGGCGCUGGGGCUCUCCUGAAGCCUGGAGAGCGAGAGGGGUCGGUGAGCACCGACCCUCUCGCUCUCCAGGCUUCAGUGAAAGCCUGCAUUCGCCCCAUAGGACGCACGCACAUUUCUCCUUCAUUUUUGGAGGGGAAAAAGUGCGUCCUAUAGAACGAAAAAUACGGUAGUUGUGCUGGUAUUUAUUGUACAUUUUAUGCUUGCUUUUGUCUUUUUGAAGGAAAUUUAUAUUUAAAAUAGUUUUAAUAUUAUAUCUUACAGUGUAUAUCCUAAUACAUUUCUAUCUACUCUGCAAAAAAAGCCUGUGGAUUUGUUGCCCUAGGGAGACAGGGUGCUUGAAUCCACUUGAAUGGCACAAACCUAAAUUUCUGCUGCGUGUUUGAAUCCUUCCAGAAUAGUGGGAGUCUAGAGGAACCCUUAAUUUGUAAACUGCUUCUGGAGGCAUUCUAUUAUUAUUAUUAUUAUUAUUAUUAUUAUUUAUAUACCACCCUAUACGCACAGGUCUCAGGGCGGUUCACAGAAUAAAAUCAUAAUAUAAAACUACAAAAUACAUUCUUUGCCUGAAAAGUGGUAUAUAAAUCCAUUAAAUUCUGACAAUUUUAAACUGUGUCCAUGGUCACCUUCUCUGUGGUUAAUGCAGGUGAAUGGAGAGCUCUAUACACUGCCUAUGAAGACAAACGAUGGGAAACUCUGGGCCAACCAGGAAGGCAACAAUAUCAUUGUCCAGUCUGACUUUGGUCUCCAAGUCCUUUUUGACACCUCCUCGUAUGUCCUGGUGUCUGUCCCCAGUAACUAUCAGGGACUUGUCAAUGGCCUAUGUGGCAAUUUCAAUAAGGACAAGACUGAUGACUUUACUCUACCCACGGGGGAAAGAACCCAGAAUGUGAUCGAGUUUGGGGCCUCUUGGAAGGUUCCCAUUGAUGGUAUCAGAUGCUCUGAUGGUUGUGGAGAUAAAUGCCCCGUCUGUGAUGCAGCCAAGACAGCACCGUACCGACCGGAGAGUUCCUGCGGAAUGAUCCAAGCCCAAUCUGGCCCCUUCAGGCACUGUCACUCCUUGGUGGACCCUGCUGAAUACUUCAACCACUGUCUGUAUGAUAUGUGUGCAGCCAAUGGUGCAGAAGAAACUCUCUGUAGGAGCAUCCAGGCCUACGUAGCUGCAUGUCAGGCUGCAGAAGUUACAAUUGGAGCCUGGAGAACAAGCAGCUUCUGCCGUAAGUUUGCACAGCAGGAACCUGCAGUUAUUGUUAUUUAUUAUUAUUUAUUAAAUGUCUAUGUUAUUUAUUAAAUUUCUAUGUAAAUCACAGGGUGGUUUACAAUAUAAAAACACAAGAAUAUGUAGCAUAGUAACCAAUAACGACAAUACUGCCCCCACAGUUUAAAAGGCCACUGUUUAUUUAAUUAGUCAACGGCCUACAUUUUCUAAUCUUCUUUCCCCACCAAGCACUCCUUAUGUUAAUGCUCCAGGUUAUAAUGACUUGAUAUCUCUCCCUCUCUCCCUCUCUCUCUCUCAUCCAUCCAUCCUGUUAUAUUGGCCAACGGAUACUUCAAUGGUAUCUGUAUUUGGAUCCCAUAGAAAAUAAGCUAUUUCUUUAAAAUUAUAUACCGUAUUUUUCGCUCUAUAAGACGUACCAGACCAUAAGACGCACCUAUUUUUUGGAGGAGGAAAACAAGAAAAAAAAUACUCUGAAUCCCAGAAGCCAGAACAGCAAGCGGGAUCGCUACGCUGUUCUGGCUUCUGGGAUAGCUGUGCAGCCUGCAUUCGCUCCAUAAGACGCACACACAUUUCCCCUUACUUUUUAGGAGGGGAAAAGUGAGUCUUAUAGAGCAAAAAAUACGGUAAAUAAAAAGCGAAUUUCUUCAGCCUCUGUUUUGUGAAGAUGCAUUGCCUAUAGAAAAUGGUUUCACCUUCAGCAUUUAGAUCAGGGUGGAGAACCUCCAGUCUGCAGGUCAAAUUAGGUCCACCAACACCCUUCCCAUUUGGCCCGUGAGGCCAUUUUGGUCAAGCCACCUUUGCCUACCCUACAUAUACAGAAUCAGGUGUGGGGCAGGCAUAGGUGGGGCUUCCGCAGGUAUGGGUGGGCAGGUUUCCACAAAUUUUAACAAUGGAGUAGGUGUUUUAUUGAAUUUCUAUUUUCCUUUGCCCUUAUCAUACACCCUAAUGAAUAUAGGCGAUCUCUCCCCUGCCCCCUAACUUAAGAAUGCUUAGCUAAUGCUCCGUAUGUGUCUGGACCAUCACUGUCUCCUUUCAUUACUUGUCUUCUCUCCCUUCCUUUUCAGCUCUCACUUGCCCAUCCAACAGCCACUACGAGUUGUGUACAAAGACCUGUGAUUUCACUUGCACCAGCUUAUCCACUCCAGGCCGGUGCACAAAACAAUGCUUUGAAGGUUGCCAGUGUGAUUAUGGCUACCUGUUUGACGGUGACAGGUGUGUGGCAGUGGGGAACUGUGGCUGUUCGCAUGAUGGGCGCUACAUAAAGGUAAGUACAGUGAAAGUGGCGGUGUCCAUGAAUAACACUCUAAGCAAACCCAAAGAGCUAGUUUGUCUAACCUCCUUAGGAUGGCCGCUCAUGCAUUGGCCACCAGAAAAAGAAGAUAUGUCUGUGGCACCUUCUCAUGCUCACCCUAGGGUCACAUAGAGUAUGCGAGGAGAAAGGGUUGCUGAGAAAGGCCAAGGCUGCAGAGUGACGGAGAGAGAGUGAGACAAGUUGGGGAGAAUCUCUGGACCAGCAAAGCUGAUGGAGCAGAGCAGGAAGGGACAUAGGGAAGCAAGUGCAAUAUAUGAAGAGAGAACAUAGCAUAGUCGGGGUUGAAAUUGAUUUAAUGCUAAUGCAAGUAAAUGUGACCUCUUUUAGUAUCUAUUUUAUUAUCAGUUUAUCAUUUGUGUAGCAUUGGCAUACCCUUAUGAAUAUAGUUGUAUAGUUGUAUGUUGUUGUUUAGUCAUUUUGUUGUGCCCGACUCUUCAUGACCCCAUGGACCAGAGCACACCAGGCAAUCCUGUCUUCCACUGCCUCCCGCAGUUUGGUCAAACUCAUGCUGGUAGCUUCGAGAACACUGUCCAACCAUGUCGUCCUCUGUCGUCCCCUUCUCCUUGUGGCCUCAAUCUUUCCCAAAAUCAGGGUCUUUUCCAGGGAGUCUUCUCUUCUCAUGAGGUGGCCAAAGUAUUGGAGCCUCAGCUUCAGGAUCUGUCCUUCCAGUAAGCACUCAGGGCCGAUUUCCUUCAGAAUGGAUAGGUUUGAUCUUCUUGCAGUCCAUGGGGCUCUCAAGAGUCUCCUUCAGCACCAUAAUUCAAAAGCAUCCAUUCUUUGGCGAUCAGCCUUCUUUAUGGUCCAGCUCUCACUUCCAUACCUCACUACUGGGAAAACCAUAGCUUUAACUAUACAGAUCUUUGUCAGCAAGGUGGACUAGUUGUAUAGCUGCAUGUUUUAAAUACUUUGGUUCUGUAAAUAUACAUUUUGAAUGUUUGCUUGCAAAUGGAAUUCUAGUAUCAAUCAUAUAUAAUUGUGCAUUUAAAUUUUUAAUUUAACUACACUUUUCUUAUCUCCCUCUCCCUUUUGUGCGUUAUAAAUCUUCCAGGCUGGCGAGACUAUUGUUUUUGAAGGUUGUUCAACCAGCUGCACUUGUCGCCCAACAGGCCAACUGGUCUGUGAGGGAACUAGCUGCCAGUUAGGAGAGAUUUGUCGCCUCCACAAUGGUGUGCGUGGUUGCAGGGGGCAGGAAGGCGAGUGCAUCAUCGUCCCUGGAGCACGGUUGACCUCCUUUGAUGGCGUCUCUGGGGGAAUCCUUUAUGAAGGAGCUUACGAGGUGGCUUCCCUUUGCAAUGAAAAUGACCUCCUUUGGUUCAGGAUCAUAGCAGUGGUCAAGAAAUGCAACGAAAUGGAUUUGCCAUCAGUAUCGAUAAUACACAUAUUUUUCCAAAGGAUGCUUAUCACUGUAAAAACAAACAAGGAGGCAUGGGUAAGUUCCGUAGGCAGGAUCUGGGGUCAUCUCCUGUGUAGGUCAUACAUAAUAAACAUUACUGACUUCAGCCCAUUGAUUUCAGUGGGCCUGCUCAGAGAAGAUGCUAGUUGGAGACAAUCCAUUAUUUAAUUGUUUGUUCGUUUUCUGCAUUUAUGUAGUGAAAUUUCAUUAAAAUUCUCUAGGUAGCUUACAAUAUAGAGGUAAAGAAAACAAAUAAAACAAAUAAAAGUAAAAAGAAAACAUAACACCAAUAACUACGUAAGAUAGCAAAAAACCAAAAGUAAGCCUAAAUCACCUUCCAUUGUAAUUAUCUCACCCAUGGUCUCUCCUUGCUUUGGAGGGGGCAAAACAGCUCCUUUUCAAGGGUGCAAGGGAGCCUACAAUAGGUAUGCCUCUGGCUCUGGUCUAAAACAGAAGUGGAAAAUCUGGGGCCCGGAGACAAGAUGUCUUCCAGGCCUCGUGGUAUGGCCCUUAGUACUCUCUCCAGGCGACUCCCAUAGCCAGACUACACCCCUCACUGGUCUGCUCCAUUCCAUUCCAUUCCCAUUAGUGCUUUUGCUUGGUUGGAAUGUGCCUCUGAGCUGUGAUUCUACCUCUUGCUCACCUGGGCGAAUGGUAGAAAUGUUUGCAUGUUUAAAAGACUUACUUUUGUGUGGCUGCUAUGUAUCCUACCAUCCAAAGGUAAGAAUUGCAUGCAUGGAUCUGCCCACUUUAUUCCUAUGGCACUGGCUGCCAUGUAGCUCCCAGAAUGCUGCCAUGAAAGAAUAUGGCCCUAGAAAAGCAUUCCUCGCUCUAAAGGAUUAUGAAUAAUGGACAAUAUAUGAGGACAGAAAGAGCGGGUGGUGGUUCAGGGCCCAGCUAUUGAGAAGUAGACGGUGGCAGAACAAACCAAAGUUGUACAGCAGUAAAAGCAAAGACUGAAAAGGGUACAGUGAUACCUCGGGUUAAGUACUUAAUUCGUUCUGGAGGUCUGUUCUUAACCUGAAACUGCUCUUAACCUGAAGCACCACUUUAGCUAAUGGGGCCUCCCGCUGUUGCUGCGCUGCUGCUGCACGAUUUUUGUUCUUAUCCUGAAGCAAAGUUCUUAACCCGAGGUACUAUUUCUGGGUUAGCGGAGUCUUUAACCUGAAGCAUCUGUAACCUGAAGUGUAUGUAACCCAAGCUACCACUGUACUGUGUUCUGUGGAGGAAAAUUAUCCCUGGGGGGUUCAAGUAUGGAGGCUCACACCAAAUUCCCAAAUUGGUCAGACUUUAAUCUGUUGCAGGAAAGAAAAAUGACCAGAUAAGAAAAUAGGCUGUGCUCUUGGAUUGGUGCUCUAGUUCACCACACACACACACAGCACACACGGGCUUGCCUUUCAUGUUGUUUGUGCUCAGUGUGUGAUAAUCAGUUACACAGCUACUGAAUUUGGAGUAAUUUUGGAUAUGAUGAAUCAGUAGGAAUAUGCAAACUGUCUCUGCAUACUCAUUCCUCUUGACCAAGGGUGGGGAACCUCGAGUCCAGGAGCCAAAUGCAGUCUUCCAGGCCUCUCCCUUUGGCCCUUGGGACUUUCCCUAGGGCACACCUCUUACCAGUCCUGUUCCAUAUCUCGUCACAUGCUUUUGCCUGACUGGGAUGUUUUAUUGAACUGUGAUAAUGUUUUUGCUUGCCUGGAUGGAGGGAGGGUGGAAUGCUGUUUGUCCAUGCCUGUGCAGAAACCUUUGGGUUUUGUGAGGCUGGAAGGUCACCUACCAUACAACAGUAACAGUCCACCCAUUACUCCAUCCACUUUGGCUUCUGGUCUCACCCACCACUGAUAUGCGGACCCAAGAAAGUUGUUCAUCAGGGAAUGCAGCCCUCGAGCUGAAAAAGGGUUCCUUUCUUACUCUAACCAUUAACACAACACCUUUCACCCUCCUUUUCUGAAUUUCAGGUCAAUGGGCACCAAGUGACACUCCCAGCAAUGGUAUCUGCAGGUGUCUCCAUAAGCCUCUCUCAGGAUGGCGUUGUGAUUAAUUUGGCCUCCGAUGUAAAAGUUCUCCUCAGAGCCUGCGGGGAAAUGACAGUGGAAGUCAGCGAAAGCCUGGAAGGAAAAGUCUGUGCCUCCUGUGGCAACUUCAAUGGAAAUGGUAUUGAUGACCUGAAGCUGCCCAAUGGGAACGUAGCAGGAAAUAUUGCUGAGGUCAUUGAUUCCUGGAAGGCCAAGGACUUCACUAGCUGGUGAGUGGCUCUGGGGGAGGUUUUUGCCUAAAGAGGAUAAAAGAAGUACUUUGUUGUUUGAUCCUCUUAGGGACUGAGGAGUUGUUCAAGGAGUCCACAUCAUGGACUAAACAUAGUCUGCUCUGAAGCCCCCAACCCAUAUUGCAAGUUGGAACAUGGCCUGCCCUGGAACCUGUCUCCCAGACAAAUCUCCUGAAGUGGUCUGCUAAUUGUCUCUUUGUUCUGAGUUGCAUCUAACAUUAAACAUUUCCAAAGCAGACUCACUGAAAUUAACGGACAUUACUCCAUCCAGCUCUGAGGGCCUUCUGGCAGUUCCCUCACUGUGAGGGAACCAGGCAGAGGGCCUUCUCAGUAGUGGCGCCCACCCUGUGUCAAGGAAAUAAACAACUAUCUGACUUUUAGAAGACAUCUGAAGGCAGCCCUGUUUUGGGAAGUUUUUAAUGUUUGAUGUUUUAUUGUGUUUUAAAUAUUUUGUUGGGAGCCGCCCAGAGUUGCUGGGGAAACCCAGCCAGAUGGGUGGGGUAUAAAUAAUACAGUAUUAUUAUUAUUAUUAUUAUUAUUAUUAUUAUUAUUAUUAUCUUACGACCAUUAAUUCUAAUAAUUCUACUCUGGCUAGAAUUUAGUUGGCUACAACCCAAUGUUUCACUAACGGGUCCCAGGGCAGAAAUACAGCAAUAAAACAACAGCAAACUGUUUAAGCAAUACUCAUAUAUAUGAAAACACCCUUAAAAUUUAAGAUCAACUAGCAACAGAGAAACAACUUUUAUCUGAGUGGCUUGUGACAGUUUUGAGUUCUCAGCUCUCUUCCAGAGGCCAAGCUGAAGAGUUGCAUCUUCACUGACUGAUGAAAAGUCAGCAGCGUCAGAGCUGAGGGGAAAUCUGCACAUGAUAUGGGGGAGGGAUUUGUGUGCUCCAUCAGCACAUGGGGGAAGCCAUCUCCCCACCACCACAACCAAUACGAAGUCCCUUGGGGCAGGAUGUCAUUGGUCGGUCAUGAUGCACUUCCCAAGGGGAAGUUGCCCUAGCCUAUUCACAGACACACAUUAGUUGCUGUCCUUGCUCGGUGUUUCAAGCUACUAGGAUUAUUAUUUUUAAAGAAAGAAAAAUGUAAAACAAUGCCCAGGUCAGGAGGACAAGGCAGUUCAUGCCACAAGUUCUUCCUUCAGAUAGCUGGCUGGCUGGCAGUCAGUUGUUCCCUAUAGACAGCAACUAGCAUCUGGCAGCAGUCAGCAGAUUGUAAAACCAGAAGGAUGAGUUACAUUCAGAGAGCAAAAUACCCAUAAACUGAGCCAUUACUAUUCAAUAAAAUUCUACAGUUGCAUGGGAAGUAUUGGACAGUUUCUCCCUGAUACAUAAACAAGAUCAUAUUGACUUCUUCAAAAUUUUCUAUUCCAGUGAUGUCUGA